AGAUAUUUGAAAGGUCGUUUUUGAAGGUUAGUCGUCCUGUUGAUAUAUGGCCGAACCGGACAAGUUAAACAUUGAUAGUUUGAUAUCGAGGCUUCUGGAAGUCCGUGGGUCUCGUCCAGGAAAAAAUGUACAAUUGACUGAAGGUGAAAUUAGAGGUUUGGCCUUAAAGUCAAGGGAAAUUUUCCUUCGACAGCCGAUUUUGUUGGAACUGGAAGCACCGUUAAAAAUAUGUGGAGACAUUCAUGGUCAAUAUUAUGAUCUGCUGCGUUUGUUUGAGUAUGGUGGCUUUCCUCCUGAUGCCAACUACCUUUUUCUGGGUGAUUACGUUGACCGAGGGAAACAAUCUUUGGAAACUAUAUGUCUCUUACUGGCUUACAAAAUAAAAUACCCUGAAAACUUUUUUCUUUUGCGUGGAAACCAUGAAUGUGCUUCUAUUAAUCGUAUAUACGGAUUUUAUGAUGAAUGUAAGCGAAGGUACAACAUAAAGUUAUGGAAAACCUUCACUGAUUGUUUCAACUGUUUACCGAUAGUUGCUAUUGUAGACGAGAAAAUUUUUUGCUGUCAUGGUGGUCUCUCUCCUGAUCUCCAUUCCAUGGAACAAAUUCGCAGGAUUAUGCGCCCGACUGAUGUUCCCGAACAAGGUUUACUGUGUGACCUUCUCUGGUCUGACCCUGAUAAAGAUAUUGCUGGCUGGGGAGAAAACGACCGUGGUGUGAGUUACACAUUCGGAGCUGAUAUUGUCACCAAAUUCCUUCAUAAUCAUGAACUCGAUCUGAUUUGCAGAGCUCACCAGGUUGUAGAGGAUGGUUAUGAAUUUUUUGCCAAGCGUCAGCUUGUGACUUUGUUUUCAGCACCUAAUUAUUGUGGGGAGUUCGAUAAUGCUGGAGCUAUGAUGUCCGUUGAUGAGACUCUAACUUGUUCAUUCCAGGUAAGAAGUUUGUGGUUUUCCUUAUCUCUGCGUUUAGAUACUGAAGCCCGCAGACAAGAAGAAGUUUAAUUUUGGAUCGCUGAAUUCUGGAUGGCCUGCCACUCCUCCAAGGAACUCCAAACUGAAAGACAAAUGAAUUUCUCAUUGAUUCUUAUGUGAUGGAUUUUCAUAAACUGUUACCUCACUGUGUAUGAAUAGUUUGGUAGUCUAUUUUGAGUGUACAGCUAUCAAGGAACAAAAGCUCACCAACUUCAUGGAGAUGCGUUACAUAUUUGGGUAUCAUUUCAUUUUUCUGAAAUGGUCACCAGACUACUAUUGAUCAGCUCUUAGAGAUUUCACAUUCAUUUUUACCCUAACUAGUGUAUGAAGUAUGACAUCUCCAGGGAUUCUCACCAUUCGCUUCUGUCGAGUGUUAAUUGAUGUACAGACACUUUUACUUUUAACUUUUACUGUUAUUCAACAUUGUACAAUAUUCUUCAAACAUUGUAUUUCGUAACUAUAGGUGCCAUAUCUUCAUUGUAUGUACCAUACUUUAUUGCCAACUAUCGCAUCAUAUAGUCUUUUCCUUAGUAAACUCAUAAAGAUGCUUGUAUAAAUAAAGAUUAUCAAAUCUAUGUUCACUUUGCUAAGACUGUUCCAUCAUCAGUAACCUGCAUACUUCAUAAAAUUAAGUAGCUAGUAGCCUCAUGGAGAUAUAGAGAACAAAAGCUCGGACCUUUCGACAGGUCCAAUGUUAACAUUAACUGACUAAGGGAUAGCAUGUUUCUACCCCUGGAUUAACUUACGUAUGCCUUCCUGAAUUGUUUUUCUUUCGUUACUGUUUGUCAACUUUUGAUUGGUAAGACAGAUGCUGAAUUUCGUCCCAUCUACCUGUAGCAGAUGUACCUGUAGUGACUAUUAUUAUUAUUAUUGUUAUGAUUGUUAUUUUGUUUUCAAACCACAGGGGAUAUACUCAACAAAUUCGCUUAGGGAAUGUUAUAAGACUUACUGUUAUAUAUAAGUAUCCUUGUUCA